AUGUUGGUGCCACCGCCCAAUUACGGCAUGGUCGAGGAGAACUUCUACCGAUCCGGCCAACCGGACCAGCUCAACUUCCCUUUCCUCGAAAAGCUGGGUCUCAAAAGCGUCAUCUGGCUCGCACCCGAAGAACCCGAACCUGGCUUCCUCGACUUUUGCGUCGACCAGAACAUCGAGCUGCACCAUCUCGGCGUGCUCUACUCGACCAACGCAUGGGAUCCCAUCACAGAAGAGGUCGUCCUCCAAGCCCUCCAUCUCCUCGUACAACCGACAACGUAUCCCGUGCUCGUCAUGUGCAACCUCGGUCGGCAUAGAACAGGCACCGUCGUGGGUUGCUUCCGCAAGCUGCAAAGAUGGAACCUCAGCGCCAUCCUCGAGGAGUAUCGACGAUUCGUGGGAGGCCAAAAGUACCGCAUCCUCAACGAGCAGUUUAUCGAGUUGUUCGACGAAGAGCUUGUGUUCGGCGCAAGCUACUGA